AUUCUAGGAUUUUUUUUUAUGACCUUUUCCUUUUCCAGCUGCUUUCUAGUAAAGGAGACAAGCCUCAAAGAUGUUUUUUUUUUCUUUUUGGUUGGAUUAGCAUUAAGCAACAUAAUCGUCUGAUGUAUCAUUUUCUUUGUUUCCCUUUUCGAAACUGUCAUGUUUUGGCAGCUUGCGCUGGAUCGGCAUCAUGCUGAAAGCCUCCUUUUGGCGCCAAACUUUCAGACAGGGCAUCGUCCUGUCAGUUUUUGCACAAUCCCAGCUAAAUCUAAAACUUGUCCCCUCAACAUGUGGUAUUUAUCCUUUUCACGGCUCCUUAAAAAAAUAAUCCUGCAUGUGCACAUCAUGGUCAGACCUAUGCAUUACAGAGUGUUUUUUAUGACUCCCAUCUGAUGCACGUAACUAUAUUUUAGUCCUAUUUUACCAAUUAGACAUACGGUAAUUAACAACAGUUUCCUUCCCCCACCCACUAUAUUAGAAAAUUAUAGAGCUCGUAAACAGCUUUCUGAGUUGCUUUGGUAUUUCCUCUACAUGUGCAGCUGAGGUGCUGACAUGCAGAUGUGGGCCCAGUCCGCUUUUCAGUUUAAUCCUCUAAUUGCUUGUUUACGCUUCCUUAACAUAAAUGGGCAGCAGAUGACCACAAUAGUGUGAUGGGGCCAUUUUCUUGUUCUUUUUCCCCCCCAGUAAACUAAGGUAGAACUUUAAGUAUUUUCUAACUUAAUUUUGCAUGUUCCUAUAAUGACUCUUUUUCCAGAAAUCUGGAUAAACACAUUUGAAAUUUUUCUCUAAUCUACCAGAUAAAAAAAAAAAAAGAAGUAUGGCAAAAUAAAAAGGCAAGAAUCAAAUUUAAAAUACUUCAGUCCUCAAAGAGUAAUGGAGGGUUAGGUUUACCUGAUUUAAAGGAUUAUUAUUGGGCUGCUCAACUGAGAGCCAUAGCUCUAUGGUUAGCAAAGGAUCAAGAGACAAUAUGGGGAGAUAUGGAGCAAAGAGCCUGCCCAAAUCUGUCCCUAGAGUCACUGCCCUUUACAACAAGGAGGGUUCAAAGAAAUCUCAAAAUUCAAAAUUGCUGGAUUAAGGAAACGAUUAACAUUUGGUCAAGAAUAAAAAAUAAAUUAAAUGUUCCUGACUCUAUAUCAAAAAUUGUAAAAAUAGCGAAGAUUCCAGAUUUUACCCCGGCUACUAUGGAUACAGGGUUUGAGAGAUGGACAAAAUGGGGACUGGUAUUUAUAGCACAGCUUUUUCAUGGAUCAAUAAUGAAAUCCUUUGAACAAAUCCAACGGGUAAUCUACAAAAAACAGAUUUUUACAGAUACUUGCAACUUAGACAUUAUCUCCAGAAUCAUAGUGAAUGGCAAAAAAUCUCAACAGGUAUGACCAAGGCUGAAAAAAUGUUAUUAACAAUAGCAAAAGGUGAAUCAACAAAAGGCCUGAUCUCAAAACUAUACAAAAGCCUGCAAUAUGAAUCCAGUGUUAAUAAUAAGGAAAUGAAGGAGAAGUGGGAACUGGAGGCUAAUAUAAUAAUAACAAAUGAAGAGUGGGAAGAAACAUUUAGAUCUGGACACAAAUUAACUAACAGCCCGACAUGGAGGGAAUUUGACUGGAAGGUUACGAUGCGUUACUUUAACACCCCGGUUAUCUAAUUCUAAUUCACUUCAAUUCAGCUUAGUUCAAUUCAAAAACACUUUAUUUAUCUUAAAAGGGAAAUUAAAUGUAUUGACUCAUAUCAUCCAAGCUCCUUCAAAUAAGUUGUUAAGGACGGUGACCCUCUGGACAGGAAGUGACGCCAGGUAGCAGUCAGUGUCGCGUCAACGCUAAAUAGGCUUCUGACUGCAGACUGUUGCUGAAUUUCUCUCAUAACAGCACAAAAUCGAGGCAGCAGAGAUAAUAUUUCACAGUUACAUGUCCUUGUUGACACUAUCUGUUGCAGGCAAGCACUGCUGAUCCGCGUCGUUUGCUUUGGCUGUUCCUCUUUAAGUCUCUGUUCAGCUGUACGGUCAGAAAGCCGGACGAAGAGAUGUUGGAGUCUGGGAUGUGUCCCUUAAGCAUUGCGCUUGAUGGAAGACAUGGUUUGAAUUUUCUCGUUCUCUCUCUGCUCUUCGGUCCAUGACGCCUCCUUGUUUACUCCUCUGGUGCCUCAGGUAAUAUUUGAGCUUCGAGAUGGUAGUCAGCUGCUCCCAAGUUGUAAAAGCAGCGCACUGUUCCUACACUGUUAUGCAUCAUAACAACUGUCUGAAAGGGGGGAAAAAAGGUAAUAGUAAAAAGUUUUUCCAGUUGCACUGCAUUAAAAACCAGAGGAAAUAAUGAUUCAAACAUGCAAUGCCUCAUCCAAGAAGAAAAUAAAAAUAAAAUUAAGAACAUAAGCCUACAAAGAGAACAAAUCAGAACUGACGUAGCAGAGCGACUCCCACAUGCUGCCGUCAUGAGCGGCGUGCUUCGAGCAAAAUGAAAAUAAACGUAUCCAUGGAGAAACGACACGUUUUUAACCAUUCACAAGCUUCUUUUGGGAUUCUGAUUUGGAACAUCCGACUGUGUCCAAGUUGUAAUCAUCUGCAUGUUUAAUCUCAUGUGAAGUUUGAGGAUUUGGUAAAAUGUCAUCUUUAUUAUUCUACUCAUUUGUGUCAAACACCUGUACUACAGGCGUCAAAGCUAAAACCACCACCGUGUUCGACAGCUGGACAUCAUGAUGUUCUUAUUCCUAAUUUUGGUGAAAUUGCUCAAUCUUUGUUUCCGUUGGCCUUAAGGCAUUAAAUUCAGAAAGCAUUUCACCUGGAAAUAUCCAUAUACUGAGUUUUAAAGUGUGUAUUUUUCUUACUCACCAUCUCAGUCUAUGUUGAAGUAAAACUUAGUGACCUCACUUUUUAUGGUCACGUUCUCAGUUUACGAUCAAUUUGAUCCUUAGUGGUUGUUAGUUUUUCCUUUUGGUUCAAAAUGUAUGAAUUUUGCUUAAAAGUUCAAUUUUGACCAAAAACCAACCAAUCUAAAUGAAGACCGAUCAUAUUUUAGUCAAAGAUGAUGCCAUGAUUUUUAACUUGCUCAAUAAUAUUUAAUAUUAAAUGGGGUUAUGUGCUUAAUUGAGACUGAAUGUAUGAUUUUAAAAAUGUGUGGAUGAGAGAAAAUUCUUGUUAAUUUAAAAUUCAAAAAAUGUUAAGAUUUAACACGUUUUUUUUAAAAUCCACCUAAAUAAUCUCCCAUUCACUAUGAAAUCCAUGCCAACGGUGAAUUUGUUAACCUCUGACUGACUCUGAGUCAGUAAAGCUGUUCAGGGUUUUAUCGGAGGAUCAAAUACAUUUCCUGUGGUGCGAAGAUCCAAAGACGUUGCUCUGCGAUAAAAGAAGCCACUUUUUUUUUCUGUGGUUGUUCUGAUGGCCGAUUCUGGUAAGAGUCUGUACUGCGACGUAACACAAACUUGUUUCAUAACAGACGGCUCGGGGAAAUGCAGCCCGAUAGCAAAGGUUCUUCAGCAGAAACCCGAUAGGCCUCACUCUGCCCCAGUGUUUGGCUGUCAACCAUCACUCAGCAUCAUGUUUGUCUGCCUAGCAACAAAACAGAAACCUUCUCAGACUAUACCCUCCUGCUUGAAUGUUUAAAUGCUUGAUUUGAAUAUUCAAAUCUUAGAAAUGCAUGCACAACUGCAGUAUAACACACACACAGAGUCCAUGAUGUCUGAAAACACAGAAUGUCUGUAUUUUCACACUUUUAUUUCAUAAAUAAAAGCCUCAACUACAUCAUCUUCCAAAGUUUUAGCAAAUACUUUGUUGGUUUUAAUCAGCUUUCAUCAUCGGGUUUGUUUUCAAGAUAUUCUGCACUCUUAGUUGUGCAAAGACGUCUUUUUAGCGUUUUCACGAUGUAUUUUCAGAUUAAACACGAUGGUCACAAUAACGAAGCCGCAUCGAGUGACAGCCACGUGGAAGAGAUGCUGCCUUAUCAUCAUGUCGCAUCUCCUGUAGCACACCAUGACCUGUGUUUUGCUGAUGUUCCUGCUGCCAGUCGUCGAAGCCCAGCGUGUUCCAGCGUGUCCCGUUUCUUGUGCGGUCUGCUCUGAGGAUGCAGUCAUCUGUCAAAGGCUUGCUGACAUCAUUGAUGCUGCCAAUUCGACCCAGGCUCUGCUGCUAACUGAGGGCUCCAUCUCUGUGGUCCAGCCGGCCUCGCUGUCUGACCUCAGGAACAUCACAGUUAUAGGUCUGAGUAGCAACCACAUCUCAGAGCUUAGUGAGGACGCCUUCAGAAACCUGCCUUUCCUCCACACUUUGCUGUUGGACCACAACCUCCUGACCAGCCAGGCUCUGCAGGGUGGAGCGCUGCUCAAUCUCAGCCAGCUGGAAGUUCUUGCCCUGGGCCACAAUCACAUCGACAUGAUCCAGGCUGGUUGGUUUACAGGCACAAAGGCUCUGCUCAGCCUGAAGCUGGAGGGAAACCUGGUCACCAGACUGAACCCUGGAUCCUUUCCUCUGAACGACUUCAGGAGUCUGGAGACUCUGGAUCUUUCGGAUAAUUUGAUAGAUUUUCUGGACAGAAACAGCUUCCGAGGUCUGGUUAGCUUGAGGAGCCUGGAUCUCUCCAGAAACCGUCUGAGUUCAGUUCCUCCCGAGGCUUUCUCCUAUCUUGUGUGGCUGUCGAACCUGAACCUGGACCUCAAUUCAUGGAACUGCACGUGCGAGCUGCUGGAGCUGGCUGCCGUCCUGACGAGCUUCAUUCAGGAGCCGGACAAGGCGCUGUAUAAUGGCCGUCGGAUGGUGUGUGUGAGUGCGGACAACCCGGCUGUGACCACGGUGCUGGAGCUGACUGAAGCCAACUGCGUGCCGUCCAAUCAGAACAUCACAGUGCAGAUAGAGGCGAGAGGCAGCGUGGCCCCUCGGCAGUACGCUCGAGACCUGGCCAUAGCUGCAGUCAUCUGCUUCCUAGGAGGAGUCGCUUUGACUCUGCUUGCAGUCUUGAUUUGUUACCACGUCUCUCAAUGGAAGAAGAAGAAGAAAGAAAGCCAAAGACCAAAGGAGGAACUGGACAAAGGCAGAACAACUGCUAACCAUGUAGAUCAACUCGGAGAUCGGGAGAAGAUGAGGGAUUUUGUCUUGCAAGCCAACAGCAGUCAACAAUGGAGCAAAGAGUCCAUGACGCUGAAUGAAAGGAUGGAUCACCACAGAGAUACAUCUAAGUCCAGAGCUGAAGAAAAUGGUAGCAAUGUCCAUUGCCCUCAUUGCAACACUAAUGGGAAGAUGCCGGACCAAAUGAGAAAGGGUAAGUGGUUAAACGGAGGACCUGAGGCUGGAGAUGUCCAGGAGAGAAGGAAAUUAAGGAUGAUGGUGGAAGAGGAGAGAAGGAGAGGAGUUAUUCAACAACAAAAUUACAGCUGGAAUGUCUCUAACAAAGUUCCUCCACACAUCGCCGACUCAUCUUUUCAUCUGCUGAGAGAAACGUCAGACAAUCUUCCACCCUACAAGGCUGAUGGUGACAUGGGCAACCACAGGACUGAUGAUGAAUCGAAGAGCAGACGUUAUGAGACUUCACACUGCAGGAAUUGCCACAGGACCUCCAGACCUGAGGAGAAUAUGACACACAGGAUGCCUCACUCCAACCAAAUGGACAUCUAUGAUUUCAAUGGCAAGGUAAGGAGGGAGCCGUUUAGAAAGAUGAACACGGAGCUAAAAAGAGAGACAAAAAAUGUAAAGUUUGAUCUGACACGUUCAAGAACUAAUCGAGGCGAGGAAAGUCUGGAGGAGGAGGAACAGGAGGAGGCAACUCCCAGAGACAACGAGAAAAGCAGCCACAGGAGACACAAAGUCCAGUCCAGCCGUUUGAUGAAGGUCAAAUUGAACUUAAACCCCUUAAGAAAAAGCAAAGUCCAUCCGAGGAAGAAAAAUGAGCAUGGCCACACCAAGAACACAAGCUCCAAGAGGAGUAAAGAGAAGAGACGGCAUGGAAAAGGCGAAGAGGAGGAAGGAGAAGAGAAAUCUGGUAAGAGAGCUAAGAGUAGUAGAGAGAAGAAGAGAAAGUCCUCCAAAACGGAGGAGGCAGAUGAAGGAGAGCAAAAACGCAGCACAUCUAAAAGAGAUAAAAGCGCAGAAGGUGACCAGGAAAAGAACCCAAACAUCUCCCAGCCGCCUGACGGCGCCACUGUCUCUGCACAAGACCUUCAGACUCUCCAGCACCAGAGUGCUGGACUGGCAUUGGGUGGGGCUCAGCUGGCUUUCCAGCAUCCCUUCUCCUUCAGUCCAGCUGACAGGAAUCGUUCUACCAACCUUUCCUUGCUAAACUCACCUGGCUCACUGCUAACUGGAAGCACCCUGUCUCUUCAAGCAGGGAAGGCUUUGCUCAACACCAUGUCCUCAGGAUCCAAUCCACUGCUCACCCAUGGUCUGGUUAAUCCCAUUGCUCCUGGUGUAACACUCAGUGGGCUUAACAUAGCUCCAGGUGGUGCCACAGAAAGCUUCGCUAGACUACCUGCAGUAUCGACCAGGUCCUCAAAUCCUCCUCUUCUAGCCAAGAUGAUACAAGUCAAUCCUUUACAAGCAGGUGGAAACCCCCCAGCUCCAUUUCUUACCUCAACAUCUGAUGGUCCUGUCCUGAGUUUAGCAAACCCAGCUAAUGAUCCAGUUGUAUUGGGUUACAGCCAGAUGCAGGUUGACAGUUCUGCAUUUGUAGCAGCACCAAAGCUUGAUCUAACUCACAGUCAAGACCUUCAAACCGGAAAGGGACCGAUUCAAUCGACCACUGAGUCACAAGCCCCCUCUACUAAAGACGACCUCCCUGAACAGGAUCAAGACGAGACUUUGGGGGAUACCUCAGAAACUAGAGUGGAGAAAAUGUCUGUCAAUAUGCCACCUCAGGGUGUGGCUCAAACUGAAGGACCUCAGGUAGGAGGAUCAGGAGAACGUCAAAAGGCAGACAGUAUGUCUGUAAUGGAUCAAUCAGCUCCUAGUCUGUCCAUACCAGAUGAAUCCUCCCCAGCUGCUGGAGGGGCGGCUCUCUUGCAGCAGGAGUACCUGUCAGAAGAUGGAGGCUCCUCACCAAGGAGGAAGCUGAGGCUGGUUCUUCCAGAAAAAACGUCAAACCGGCCGCCUACAGCUCUAGAGAGAAAAAUCCUCUAGCAGCUCAGAUCAUUGCUUCCUUUUUAAAUUUGGGUGUGCAAAGAUCUGAGUAAAAAACAGCGAAUGGAGGAAGUGCAUUUGAUAUUGACGAACUGCCCAAAAAUAUCCAAUUGGUGUUGGUGGGGGCAGGGGAAGAGAAACCAAACCUGUGGUAAAUAUUUUUCGCCUUCCUGGCACUUGUUGAGAAAGUUUGAGAUCCUAAAGUGUAUGUGCUAAACGCAGAAAAUGUUGGCCUUUGAGCGGAAGGGAUAAGACCGAAACCGUUACGGAUGGUUGGCUGGCACGGCUUGUCCAGAGCUGCAGCUGUUGUGUGAUCUACCUGCAGGGAUGGGGUACGUCCAAAACCAACUCCUGUUGUUUCUUACUACUUCUGUUUCUUCAAAAUGGUUUCCACUGUCAACAAUCAGCAACCUUUGCAUUAGAGGUUACAAUUGUAUGUUGAUUAUUCACAUUUUAUUAGUUAUGUUUACGUCUUUCUCUUUUAUGUUUUCAGUACUCUUCUUCAGCACCCUCUGAUAGGCCACAUGUAUUGUUCAUCUUCUUGAAUAUUUAAGAAUAGCUUUAUCGUUGUUAUUGUUGUAUCCAGUUCGAUAAAUCAUUGU